CUUUUUUCGAACAAUAUUUAUAAGUGACAACAAUUAAACAUGUCAGAUAAUUGAUAUCAGUUCUAUAAUAUGGCAAUGAGUCAUAAUUUCAUAAUUUGCAGAAACGACAGGAGGCAGGAACCUUUCUAGAUAUUUCGAGAUAGAUUAAUUAGAUGAAUUAUUUCCUGCGUGACGGCAACGGAAAUAUUUUUUAAUAACCACACUAAAGGUCCAUUUUAUUGGAAUUAACGGAGCGAAACAUUUAUUCUUGUGAUUCUUGUCAAAUUGCAGUUUUAAUAUUACACGAAUGUAAAUAAUACGAAAUUGUCGAGAUAAGACCGAAUGAAGUAAUCACAGGAAUUUUGAAUUACAAUCGAAAUUUUGGAAACUACUUUACCUUUUUUUGGAAAACCGGAUAUUAAAUACGAAUUCGUAUUAAACAUUCUAAUAUAUAAAUUUGAAGAAGAUUAUCAGAAAAAAAAAAUCCAUAUGGAGGGUAAAGGACCGCAAAUUCAUUUGGCUGUGUUUGCCGGAAUUUUAGCAACGACCGGUAGUUUAUUUGGCAAAGUCGCAGGGAGUUUUGAUAUCGUACCUUUGAUUUACUUAUUGCCGAAGAUUUGUUUUUUAAUACUUAUGAUUGGAAGUAACACUGCGGGUUGCACUUUUUUCGUGAAAGCUUUACAAGGAAGUGAAUCUUCGUUGCCGGCAACGGUGGCAAGCGCAGCGACAAACUAUUUUUGCUCGGCAUUAAUUGGUUUCCUUGUAUUUGGUGAAUCAACAUCAUUGAUGUGGUGGUGCGGAACAUCGUUAAUUCUUUUCGGCCUACUACUCAUUUGUAAUACACCUGUUAAUGAAUCCGUGUCCACAAUCAAACGCAAACAACAAUAAUUCUUCGCCAAGCAU